AUGGGCUUUGAUCUUCAUGCCGAGGGGACGAAUGAUCCUCGAGAUGUGAGAAACUGGAGGAUUCAUAUGAUUGCAAUUAUUGCGUCCAUGUCGGCUAUUGCAAUGGGAUAUGAUACCUCCGUCAUUGGCGGGACCAUGGCCCUCGACUCGUUCAGACGAGACUUUGGCCUGGCAAAGGUAUCAGGAAGCUAUAGAGAUACGUUGCAGGGCAAUAUCGUAUCUACCUUCCAGGCAGGCUGUUUCUUUGGCUCACUGUUGACAUUCCCGCUUGCCGAGAGGAUUGGGCGCAAAAAGGCAAUUUUCAUCGCGGCGUUUGUUUUCAUCGUCGGUGGCGUGUUGAUGACCGCCAGUCAUGGUAGCAUUGCCAUGUUGAUUGUGGGAAGAGCCGUUGCAGGUCUUGGAAUCGGCGCGUCGUCGCUGAUUGUGCCCGUGUACAUUGCCGAGACGUCGCCGCCUUCUAUCCGCGGUAGACUAAUUGGUAUAUUCGAGAUUGCUUCUCAAGGCGGUGGUAUGCUUGGUUUCUGGAUCAACUACGCCUCAGACAGAACCAUCUCCUCCUCAAAAGCAGCGCAAUGGAUCCUCCCUCUUGGCCUGCAACUCGUUCCCGGCGCCCUUCUCUGCGUCGGCAUGCUCAUCUGUCCCGAAUCGCCACGCUGGCUCGCCCGCCAAGACAGAUGGGACGAGGCCGAGAAAGUCCUCGUCCAUCUGCGCACCCUUCCCGCUGACCACUCCUACGUGCGGUGCGAGCUCUCCGAGAUUCGGCAGCAGGUCGAGCAAAGGUCCGCAAACCGCAUGACCUACAAAGAAAUGUUUAAGCGUCUCGUUGAAAAGGGCGUCCGCAACCGCAUCACCAUUGGUCUCUUGCUCAUGGCUUGCCAGAAUCUCACGGGCGUGAACAUCAUUACCUACUAUUCUCCUCGCAUCUUUGAGACUCUUGGGAUCAACGGCACUAGCACCAAGCUUUUUGCUACGGGCUUCUACGGCAUCGCCAAGACGGUUGGUAUGAUUAUUUUCUCCGUCUGGCUGGUUGAAAAGGUUGGCAGACGGAAUGGUUUGAUCUGGGGUGCCUUUGUGGGCAGCUUGCCCAUGUGGUAUAUCGGCGCCUAUGUCAUGCAGGCGGAUCCGGCCAAGGCUGCCGCCAAAGGCGACUUGAACCGUGAUGGAUGGGGAUAUCUGGCCAUGGUGUGUGUGUACUUGUAUGGUGCGAUCUACUGCGCUACGUGGCAGGGUAUCACAUGGGUGUACUGCAGUGAAAUCUUUCCAAUUGAUAUCAGAAUGCUCUGCACGGCAAUCACCACCGCGGAUCAGUGGUUCUGGAGUUUCCUCGUCUCAAGAACCACGCCCUACAUGAUUACCUCUCUGGGCUACGGAACGUACAUGUUCUUUGGAGCAUUGAUGGUAGCCAUGGGAUUCUGGGCGUUGUUCUUCAUCCCAGAAACUAAGGGCCUCACGUUGGAAGACAUGGAUAAAUUGUUUAUGACGAGCACAGCCAAGACGGUCUGGGAGUCUCUUGUUAAGAGGCGGAAGUUGCAGGACUUGCUUGACGAGCGUAGGACUGCUGAAGUUCAACUUCGUGAGAAGAAGGAGGCUGUGGAGCAGGUGGAACGGGUGUAA